AUGAUUCGUCGUAACCCUACACGUUUAGAAAUUCGUCAAGAGAACGUCGAACAACUUCAACUUCUUCGACAGAAAUAUAAAAAAAAACUUUCACAAAAACCUGGAGCAAGUGCUAAAGGUAAAAGAAAAAGUAUGGAAAUUGAAGAGGAGGUAGAAACAAAUUUAAACCUUCAACAAACAGAUCAAGAACAAGAACCAAUUGUGGGUGCAGAAGAACUUCGAAAUCGAA